AUGGCGACUACACCGCUGCCAUCCCCAUCUCUUCCCGCAAUCGCCGAUUUGGACGACGCCACUACGGCCGAACAGAAGUACGCGAGUAAAGCUGUCGCACGAUCGAAGGCAGGCGGCAGCCUCUACUCUGGAACGCACUACCAAUACAUUGCAGAGCUACUGUUCUCACAGUACCAGCGCUAUGCGAACGAAGAACACAAGCGUAGCCAACCUGACACAGGGUCCCAAAGCUACGUUCACGCGCUAGUUCUAUCUCGUAACAGCGACAUCAAUCGAGAAGCUUUCACCUCUGUCCAACACUUCAGACAGUGGUGCCAGGACUAUGCAUCUGGUCAAGGCUCGUCCAGAGUAAUAUUUCUACAUGGACAUGCGUCACGACAAUGGCUUAAUGCAAUAGGGAGCGCCCUCAAGAUUGAGUACGAAUUCUGGUAUCGCCAUCUCAUCUUUCGAUCAUGCAUCAGCCGACCAAAUUAUGGCUCUUCGCCCAAUCUACCUUCAAGCACUGGUCCUUUGCUCCGACUACAUGUUUACACUGUGGGGUACAAGCGCAGGAAAGGACAAACAGGACAGCAACAGCUCGACAAGAGGCGAGCUACGAGUCGUUCGUUAAUGCAAACAUAUAAAGAAAUGUUAGCAAAGUCAGAGGAGAAAUGGACAAUGGGCGAUUCCAUGGUCAGAGAGUUCGAUGUGUUGGAUGACGAUCACUGGUGUUUGGAACAGCAAGUGUCAGUAUCCCUGAGCAAGUCCAAGGGCGAGUGGAGUCUGCUGCUCUGGCUCGACAACGGUCGGGACCUAGGCACAAGCCCGGGCGGCCCAUGGUCAUCAGUGCAUUUUGCUCCUGACGAACUUUUCCCUGCGAUCCAAUUCGAACAACACGACCGCUCAAAUGGCACAUGCUCAAGCAAGCCCGCUCGAUCGAAUACCACAGGAGCACCAGAAUCGACGUUCUUCCAGUCCGUCUCAUGCUUACCAGCUGAGUAUACCAAGCGGCUUAAUACCAAACUUGCGAGAACAGACGCGUUUUACGCUGUCAGUCCUCUCAUGAGGUUCGCCGCAACCACGCAGAAACAAGUACUCAACAUUGUUGAAAGUAUUAUUUUGAAGGAGAUGGAUCCUGCAGUAUUCUUGGAUCAAGAGACCCCCUCGAUGGCCAACCUUCUUCAUCUCGAGCGUCUGCUGGGUCGCCAUAUUGACGCUUUGAAAGAGACGAGAGGUAUCAUUGCAUGUCGUGGUGGACAUGCCUGGCCAACCGCAAGCGAGAAACCCCAGAUUAAGGAGGCCAAGAAAUCAAGAGAGCAGUUAGAAGGAGAUUUCGACUAUCUGCUUGAGAGGGCGAAACUGUUGAAGGACCAAUGUACGCAUGGCCUCAGCAUCAUCAUGACCAAUACCAGCAUUCGAGAAAACCAGCGAGCAAUGAUGCAGCAGCAGGGCGUGAUUCGGCUGACGCGUUUGGCUUUUAUCUUCAUUCCUGCGACAUAUGUUGCAGGUUUGUUCGGGAUGAACGUUCGGGAGCUCGAUGGUAAUACCGUUAGUAUAUGGGUGUACUUUGUUGCCACCGUUCCUCUACUUCUGGUGUCUUAUUUCUUUCUGACCGUCGAUGUGUUUGACUUGGCUCGAAAAGGUUGGGGAGCUUUGAGCCGAUUUGCUAGACUAGGUAUACGGUCGGGCAGACAUGGGCAAGCCAGCCAAACUCAGUCGGCCAGCGCGAAGACAAGCAGCUCAACAAUCGUUUAA